AAAUAUUAGUCACAGAAGAAGUGUUUAAGCAACAAAUAAAGCAUUAAUCUCACUGACGGUGAACUAAAGCAAAGCAUCUGCUAGCGAUUCAGUACAGAAUCAUCGGUUUCACUUCUGUCUUGUUUCCGACUGAUAUAGAGGAGCAAACAACAACAACAAGUAAACAACAAGUUGAUCAUGGAGUCACACAUUGGCUGGGAUGCAGAACGGGUGGAGUUAAAGGCAGAGUUAUCCAGGCUGGAGGAAGAGCUGGCUGAGAGUCGAGCAGAAACAGAGGAACUUCGAUCUCGAUCAAAUGUGCUGAGUGAACGGUUGUCUCAGACAUUAGACUCUUCCAUAUCUCUUCACUGGGACAGUGAGCAGAGAGAGUGGAGAAAGAAACUGAAAGAGGGAAGGGAGCGAGAAUCAAGACAGGCUCUGCUCAUCCAGAAACUGCAGCAAAAGGUGAAGGAGUACAGAAGUCGCUGUGAACAUCUGCAACAUCACUUGAUGGCUGAGGAGAGAGAAAUGAGAGUCAGAGAGAGGAUUUUGCAAGAUGAGCGCAGCGAUAAUCUGGAGACCACUCUCAUCAGGCUGGAGGAGGAACAGCAGAGGAGCGUAACACUGGUUGAGGUCAAUGCACUGUUGCGUAGUCAGCUCAGCCAAUCAGCAGAAGCAAACCAAGCACUGCAGGAUGACUUGAAGAAAUUGACUGCUGAUUGGUCCAAAGCGGUGGAGGAAGCAGGGCAAAAAGAAAUAGAUUGGAGCAAAGAGAAAGAGGUUCUCUCCAGGUAUUUAGAAUCAGAGCGUUCAAGGUUAAUGUCACUAUGGAGCAGAGUCGUAGAUCUCAGACGGCAGUGUCACGCCGUCAAAACUGCAACAGACAAAGACUUAUGGGAAUUGAAAGCAGAGUUCACUCGCUUGUCAUCUACUUUUCUCUCUUUGAGUGUCCGUCCUGCUCUUUCCCCUCAUCCUCCUCCUCCUCCUCCUCAGCCUCCUCCGCCACCUCCUCCUCCUCUCUACACUUCUGGACCGAUGACCCUGGCGGAAUUAGAUCAUGAUGUGAACACAGAGAAGCUCAAAAGCAGGAUUGACGAGUUAACUGCUAUUAUAAAGUCUCAGGAAUUAGUGAGACAGAGGGAGGAGGAAGCAAUGAAGAACAGUAUCAGAAAAGAGGAAAUGGAGCAAGAGCUGCAACAGGAGAAAUACAGGGAAAUGGAGAGACAGCUAGAAUACGUUACACAGGCCCUCAUUAAACUGUACAGGUCUCUGGGUUCUCAGAGGUCAAAUGGACACAAAAGAAUUUUUCCUGACCUUGCUGUGUUCAGUGACGAUCUCCAUUCUAUCCUGUGGGUUAUCUCUGAGAUUGAGAGCGCCUUCCAGUGGGAACAUAAAGAACUGCAGGCAGCUGAAAGGAAGAGUGAAGGUUUGAGGAUGGAGACAGAAUCACUGCAACAGCAAAUCUCAGAGUUUAAAAAUGAGAAGGUGGAUCUUCAGAAACAAGCCAGUUUGAUGGCUGUAGAAUUAAAGCAAACACAGAGUCUACUGAACAGCGAGAAAGAAACAGCUUUGAGCUUAAAGAGACAGCUGGAUGAAUCUGAACACCGAGGUGAAGAACUGAAGAAAAGCAAUGUUCGUUUGAUACAGCAGAGAGAGAGAGCAGAUGAGGAGAGGAAUGAACUAGAAAGAGAGCGACAGCGACGAAUGGAGGCAGAGCUUGUGGAAAAUGCCCGUUUGUGUGAGCAACAGAGUCAUGCUCGUAUAGAGCUACAUACCCUGAAGGUGGUGCUAGAGCAAGAGAGAGAGGGAAAGGCAAUUGCAGAGAAAGAGUUAGCAGACACCAGAGAUGCAUUAGCCAAGGCACGUGAGUCUCUGUUGUCUCUCUCCUCUACACACACUAUGUUGCAGAGGGAAAAUUCAGAUACAUCUGAUGCUUUGGAAAAAAUGGCCACCUUGAACGAGUCACUGACCAGGGACAAAAGAGAGCUCAGUGCUCGAAGUCUUCAGCUGGAGGAGGAGGUGACUGAAUGUCAGUUGCAGCUACAGCAUUUAAAAUCAGAUGUAGCAUCUCUACAGAAGGAGCUGAAUGCUGUUUCAGAGGAAAACACAGAGUUAAGGGCUUUACAAAAUGCAGAUUUGGACUCCCUUCAUUUGCUCAGAGUGAGAGAAAGAGAAAUUGAGGGAGAACUGCAGAUACUGAGAGAGGAAAGAGAGAGAGAAUCUAAUGCUCUCAGUGAUGAGAAAAGAAAAAAUGAGCAGUUAUCCGAACAAUACAGUAGUGUGUGCGUGGAGUUGCAUGAUGUGAAGGUGAGGCUUGAUAAAGAGAUGGACCAAGAGAAGAGAGCGCAAAGAGAGAGAGAAGAGCUGCAGAGAGAAAAACAGAGACUGGAGGAACAAGUGCACAAGAUAGGGCAAGAGAAGGAGGAAAUAAAACAGGACCAAGAGGAUCUCAGGAAUUUGAGUGGCAACCUCCAGCAGCAGCUGUGUGUGGCAAAGGAGCAGAUUUCUGUACACAAGGUUCAGCAUACACAAUUGCAGAUGCAGGUUCACACACUUCAGCAGGCUAAAGAUGUUCUACAUGGAGAGAUAAAGUGUCUUCAGUCUGAACUACAGCAAAACUCAUUCCUGAGGGAGGAAGAGAGAAGAGGAGCAAGUGAACAACACAUGUGGCAUGAAAAAGAGAUCAAUAACUGCCAGCUGGAGAUCAGGAGGUUGAAUGCUGAAGCCCAAGCAUCAUUGAACAACAACAGAAAACAUGAGGAAGACAGAGAAAAAUGGCAAAGAGAAAGAGAGGCUUUGAACUCUGAGCUGGGACUGAAAGAUGGGGAGAUGGGGGCUCUAAAAAAUAGGAUGGAUGGAUUGGUGAAAGAAAAUGAAAAGCUUGCAGCCCUGAUUGGUGAAAAAGAUGGAGAUAUGUUAAGACUGUUAUCAGAAAUCAGGAGUCUGGAGUUGCAGAUGCCAGAAGUUAAAGCUGAGAUGGAACACUGGAGGGAGAGAGUAAUAGACAUUGAGAGAGAGAAGGAUGGACUUUUGGAAAGAGUAAAGCAAGAAUGUGAAAAUCUGAAAAUAAGAGAAAAAGAGAAUGCUGGGAUGGCUGACAUUUUAAAGAUGAGGGAUGUUGAGAUAGAAAAGAACAGCAAACAUAUAGAGGAAUUGAUAGACAACUUAAGACUACAGGACAUCUUGGUGGAAAAACUAAAAAAAGAGCUUAAAGAAAAAGAUUUUGGAAUGUCUGCUUUAAUAAACAAAGAGAAAAUAAAGCAAACAGAAAGGGAAGUAGAGGAGAGAGAAAAAGAACUGAAGCUGAAAGGAGAGAUCAAAAAGAAAGAAAAUGAAUUAGAAAGACUUAAAGACAAUGUGGAAGAAUUGAAGGUGGAGCGGCAACACAUGUCUCAUCUUCUGCAGGAAAAAGAUGCUUACCUUGAAAAGCUUAAGAACAAAGUGAUUGAUCUGGAACAAACAGACAGAGAAACACAAGAUAAGAUGGAGUGUUGGAAGAAAAAGGCUGGGGAUGUGGAAAGAGAAAAAGAAGUACUAAAAGAGAGGGUGGAAAACCACAUUUCUGUUGAACAGGAGAUAAAUGAAUUGGCAGACCGAUUAAGAAUUAGAGACAAAGAGAUAAAAAAAUUGAAGACAAAUGAACAAGAUAUGGUGAGUGACAUUGAGAAGAUGAAAGAGGAGCAGAGAGAACAAGAGAAAGAGCUGAAGCAGAGAGAUCGAGAGGUAGAAGAACUUGGAACAACAAUAGUAAAUUUGAUAAAAGAGAAAAACGAGCAAGAAAAAUGGAAAAUGCAGCUGGAGGAAUUGAAAAAAGAAAAGACAAGUCUUGAAGAAACAACAAAUCAACUGGAGGAAAGAGUGCAAAAUAUGAAAGAAGAGAUUACUGUGCUAAGAGUGAGGGUUGGUGAGCUAGAUAGCGAGAAGAAAGAAGUUGAUAGGAAAGUGCUAGAGCAAAGAGAUCAACUCCAAAUCCAGACUGUUCUUCUGAAAGACAGAGAGGUAGCUUUAGACAAACUGAGAGAGACCCUAGAACAAAAAGAACAGCAGGAAAAUGAGGAACUGGUGACAUUAAAAGAAAAACUGAAGAAAACAGAAUUGGUCCAAGAAAGAAAUAUACAAAAGGAAUUUCAAAAAGUCCAGCUGGCGAGGGAUACGUUAGAGCAAGUAGAAGGAAAAGUGAAAGAACUGGAAACUAAAAACAAAAAUUUGACACAAGAGGCAGACAUGGUGAGAAAGAAUCUUGUGGAACAAUUGAGAGAAUUGGAAAGGAAGUCAAAGCUUCUGCUAGAAUAUGAAGAAAAUUUUAACAGGUUAAAAUUGAGAGUGGAGAGUGGGGAAGAUGAAAAGGAACAACUGAAGAGGUCUCUUAAGGAACUGGUUGAACUGAGAGAAAGAGAACAAGAAGAAGAACAGUUGAGGUUGGUGCUUGAGCAACAAAUUUUAGAUCUGGGAGAAGACUUAAAGAGGAAAAAUGGAGUUAUUGAUGCUUUGAAGGAGAAAACAGAUUUAAUUAUAAAGCAAAAAGAAGAGGAGCUAAAAGUAGCAAAGAAAAAUAAAGAUGCAAUGUCAACAGAGUUGACAAAGCUAAGAGAAGAAUUAACUGUGCUUUCUGUGAGCAAAGAGAAGGCAGAAACAAUGGUGAAGGAAUUGAAUAUAGAAAAUAAAAAGAUAAAAGACGGACUAAAGGUUGGACUGGAAGAGAUGGUCACUCUGAAGGAGCUGCUAGAGGAGAGCCAUUGUGAAGGAGAAAAACUCCGGAAGAUCUUGGAGGAGAAAAAGAAUGAGAUGAUAAAGGGAAGAAAGGAGGAAGUCAGAGCAGCACGAGAAGAAACGGAACAUUUAAAACUCAGAGUUCAGAUACUCCAGAAGGAGAAUCAAGAUCUUCAGGCCCAGCUGUGGAUCAGGGAGAAAAAUGACAUUAAGAUGAACUGGGAAGUUAAGGAAAUAAAGAAAAUGGAGCUUGAAAUGCACGAGACCCUGAAGACACUGGAGGAAGAGGUAAAAGAUAAAAAUGGUCAGCUAGAAAAACAUGAAGCAUCGAUGAAAUAUGAGAAAAAUAAAAGACAAAGUCAGUUGAAGGACAAUAGUUUUGAACUCCGUGAGAAACUCAAACAGGAGGAGAGUGAGAUCAACACGAAGAAUAUCAUGGAGGAGCAAGAAAUCACAGUGUUGAGAAGUAAAACCGAAAAGAAAAAGACAAGCUUUGAACUUGUCAAAGACGAACUGGGACAGAAGAGGGAAACUGGGGCAAAUGAGAAGAUAAAGCAUAUAGAACCAGAAAGUGAUAAAACAGUUGUGUUUGCUAUAGACAUUCUACCUAAAGGGGAAACAGGGUUGAAAAUAACUCCAGAAUUUAAAGAAGAAAAUACAAGGCAUUUGUUAGGGGAACUCAAUGAUGCAAAAAUGGAUACAAAUCUGGAGAAAAACAUUCUUUUGGAGAAGACACACUGCCAUUUUCAAGAAAACUUUACAAUUGUAAAUGCAGACACAAAAAGGGACUUUCAAAUGAAGGAAUUACUGAGUCAGACUGAAAUGACAGAGAAUACAGAAUUACAAGCAGAGGUAUAUGAUUUAAAGAAUGAAACAGACGAGCUCAAGAAAGACAGAGAUCGCUUCAGAAAAGCACUGGAAAAAAAUGAAGCAAUUCUUAUUCAUUAUCAAGAAAAGGCACAUCAGCUGGAAAAAAAGGUGCAGAUGAUGAUCGGGUGUGAAGAGGAAUCAAAGGAGCGUGUGUACACCAUGCAAAAAGCUGUGGCUGAGCUAGAACUGAAGUUAAUAAAAUUACAACAGAGAAAUCAGCGGCUAGAACAUCGUAUUGAGAAAUUGAGAUUGGAGAAAAUGAACCUACGAGACACUUUAAAGCAGGUUGAGCUGGAGAGGGAGAAAUUAAGAUGUCAGCUGUCACAGUCAAGUGCAGAAAUGCAGGACCUGUACAUUUCCAGGAACCUGAAGCAGGCAGUUAAGAUUGUGGCUGAUCCCUCUCAUCCUGGAUGCAAUAUUUUUGAUGCACUCCCCUCUGGCAGAAGGCUGCGGUCCAUCAUGACAAAAACAACAACAAUAUCCAGUACCUACUAUGGUCUCUUGUCUACUUCCUUGGACAUUAACGUACAACCACCCUUUGCUGUAUUCAUAUGCAUUACAUUAACACACACAACAGCCAUGCUGCAUAAAAACACAAGACAGCCAUACUGCACUUCUUACCUUCCUACCUCAAACUGUGAACAUUUGCACUAGUCCACUAAUGUACAGUUUUAUCUGCACUGCAUUUAGCAUAUGCAGCUUCACGUUUGCAGUGGUCCGCUUUUGUACAUCCUGCAUUAUUAUACGUUUAAUGUUUUUUAUUAUAGGAUUUUUUAAUGUUUAUUCUCAGCUUUUAUAGGUUCUUUAUGUUUAUGCCCCUUCACUUCAUAUUAAAAUGCACCAAUACACUAAGUACCCACAGUACUUGGCAAUAAAGGCAAUUCUAAAGCCUUUCAUCGGCUUUUUCUACUUUGACAGUUAUGAAGACAUUAGGCUUUUUAGACUUGUUAGGCUUACAUGACGAUGUUUUAAAAUGAAACUUAAAUGGUAACUUUCACUUGCUGCUUCUUGCAUAAUCGUUUAUCAUGAAGACUUUUUUUGUUCACACAAGUAGCUUAGGUCUACUUUCAAUAAUCUAGCACAUCAAUGAGUGGUUUAUUUGAACUGAAUGUUGAUAUGUGGAUUUGUAUAUUUAUGCAAAAAAUGUUUAUGAUAUGGGACAAAAUGAUUUAGAGCUCUUUUGAAGCACAAAAUACCAAUCAAGAAAUAGCACAUUUACUACCUACUUGGUACACUUCAGACAUUCUGUUAAUAAACUAUACUGGUCAGUAUGUCAAUAUGCCUGUUAUACAUGUGUAAUAAUAUCCAAGAAAGUGUGAAGUGUUUAACUGUU